CUCAGGAGCCACUAAAUAUAGAACACUGUAAGAUGAUAUUCAGUAUUGACGGACAAUACGCUUCAAAAAUUGCUCAAUAAAUUUGUUCUGUUUUACGCAACUCAACUUUUGCGCAAAUUCGUUAGGAUCAUUCACGCUACAAUUUUCGAAAAAUGGUAUGUGUUAGAAUAUUUGUUCAAGGGGUGGAGGAUUUUUUCUUAAGCGAAUUAUUGUUGCCGCGGACUAAACCCCACUAAACAAACUCAAUUCACAUUGCUCCCAUUAUAAAUUGAUGUACACAUGAAGAGCAAACAAAGAAAAUAUUUAUACGCCUUAGUAUUUUUAAAGACUGAAGAGAGUGAUGCAUUGGCAUGACGCAAUGGUGUAACUGUAAGGCGUUUACUUCCGGAAAUAUUCAUAGUUCCAGAAUGUUAAACAUAUAAUCGAUACUAUUUGUGCUUUAGCCUUGCUGAACACGUGUCGGUUAACGGUCGGAGCAUCUUUAACAUAAACUGAUAUAUAUAUUUAAUUUUAUAUUGUUGAAUUUCAUUGAUUGAAAAAAUAUGUUAUUCAUUAAUACACAUAUAUUUGAGAUCUCGCAGAUCAGAACUUUAUUCAUAAGACAAUAGUAAAGGUACACAACAUCUAGUAGGUGAUGUGUGAGUAAGAUCCAAGAGUUAAAAACGUGAGCUUUAUCAAAUGAAUAUCAAUAGCACUUAGAUUUCGGAUUCGUUCUUUGUCAGAAAAACCGUAAUCGUAAUAUUAAUUUGUUCUGAAAGUUGUAUCUUUUAUAUCAUUUAUGCAAAGCAAAUACCUGAAAUUUACUAUUUUGAGAAAUACUUAAAUUGUGUGUAAGAAAUAGCUUUGAGUCAUACCCAACUGAUUAAUGAAGAGAAUUCUGUAAUCAUAAGACACAUCUUGUUUUCAAGGUGUUGGACUGCAUUUUAUGCUUGUGCUGAACACUAGAAAUGGUGGAGAAACGUUUAUUUUAUGAAAAUUAUGUUGGGUUUAAAAUUCAGUAAGCUUUUUUCUAUCCUAUUUUUGGACGGGAGAAUAGCAUCAUAUCUAAUGAAAUUAUGUAAUAAAAAGUAGGGUUAAAGCAGAGAUUGUAAUAAAGGCACACAGAAUGUGGAGAUACAAAUUAUUGGCGUUAUACAUUGCCAUACUUUUCGGAAAAGCACAGCAAACGACGAAGAAAAUAACAACAUCCAAUUCACUAAAAAUGACAGAAUUAACGAGCACAGAAGAAAUAGAUAAAUCUACGAUAACAAUACACACAACUAAUUCAGUUGCUUCGCAACAAUUAAGUACAAUGGUGUCAACGGUAGGAACGAUUACACCCGGCACUACAAGGGAGAAAGUCACAUCUCAAGCAACGUCUGAGCCAGUAACUGGAGAAGGCACAACACAAUCAGUCUCUUCCAAUAAAAUAACUGAUUCAGUCAUGACACAAAAAAUUACUGAGCUACCUGUUACUAAUCGAAAAACUGAACAAGUGACGACAGGACAACGAAUAACCAUGCCAGUCCCUACAAAAGAAACAACUGAACGGCUGAUUAAACAAAAGGCAACAGAAUAUGUUAUUACACAGGAACAAGCUACGACUCAAAAAAUACUUAAACAAAUCUCUUCAAAAUACACAACUAAUGAACCAACAAAAAUCGAAAUUACAGAUUCAGUCGAUCUGGGAGAAACGACUCAACAUAAUACAACAAAAGUACCAAUUAACCCAAUGAGUUCAGAUAUAACUAUUGAAUCUUUCGCCACACAAAAAAUCCUUGAAACAAUCAAAGUACAGAAUGCGACAAAAAUAACCAAAUAUUCCACUGCAGAGGCAUCUAACAAAUCUUCGUCGGCGACAGAUAAAGGAGGUGAGACAUCUAUUACACAAAAAGCAGCAGACAUUUUUACAACUCUAGACACGACUGAACAUUUUUUUACAGCAGGCGAAACUACUGCCAUUACUUUGACAUCUGGACCCAUGUCGUCUUAUGAAACGACCGAACCUUUGAUGACACAAGUAGCCGAAGUUUUCACCUCAAACGAAUCUCCUUGGACGACAGAGAAAGUUGAAGGAGCACCCACUACACAAAAAACGACAGAUCAUGUUACAAAUCUAGAAACAACUGAACAAGUAGCUGCAGAUGGAAGAACACAUGCAGUUACUUCAGAACAAUCGACUGAAUUAGCGAUUGUGGAAAAAACAUCUGAAUCAAUGCCUUCUCUUGAAACAACCGAACCCUCUGCGACACAAGUAGCAACUGAACAAGUCACAACACAAUAUGUUGCGGAGCCUGGAACAGCACUGAGCUCUGCAGCUACAUCCUCAUCCACGACAGACACAGCUGAAACUUCUCAAGAGACGAUUGAUUUAUUGACGACUCAAGAAGAGAUCAAAUCAGCGACUCCACAACAAAUAACUGGAGCGUCGACAACACGGAAUACAACUGAAACAUUCGUCACAAAAAACACAACAGAAUUUAUCACGACACAGAGUACUGAUAUAAUGACACAGCCUGUAGAAACAGAUAUACAUCAAACAACAACUGAUGAAUUAAAUACUACCGUGGAGCUGAAAUUCGUCAGUACACAGGCAUCGAUCGAAUUAGCCUCGGCGAAAGAAAAGAGGAAUACAACUGAGAUAGUGACAGUGCAAGAAACAUCUCAACCAACUCCUACUCCAACGACAACAGCAAGUUUUUCAAGUUAUGAAAUAGCAGAAACAAUCUUAUUACAAAAUACGACAGAAUCUAGAUCAACAAAACUAACUUCUGCUGGUUACGAAUAUGACACGAUGCAUGAAAAGGAAACUGGCAUAAUAAAACAUACAACUGGGGAAGUGACGAGGACGGGGGUAACUGAAUCUGCCACUAAAUCCGUCGCUACACAAAAUACGACAGAACAAAGCUCCAUGCAGAAAACCAUUUCUACUGCACGAGUGACUAUACAGACUACUGAAAGCAACAGUCCUCAACAAACAGCUGCGCAAAUGAUAACAGGGGCAUCCGUGCCCAUGACUUUACAGGAAACAACCGAAUCAGGGACCACGGAGAGUACAACUGAAAUAGAUGACGUGCAAAAAACGACAGAAUUCGGUACAACUCGAGAAAUGGCAGAGGAAGACUCAUCACAGGAACUCACAUUCACUACUCGGAAAUCUACAAAAGAGUAUAUCUCAAAGCAAGCUGAUGGGCUGGUGACUUUGCGAGAAACAUCCGAACCAAUGGUUACCUAUGAAAUGACCACACCCUCUUCGACAUCAGAAAUAGCUGAACUAAUUGUUACACAAAACACGACCGAAUUGGGGAAGUUGGUAAAAACAUCCGUCGCGACAACGCCUCCGGCGACACAUACAACCGAAUCUGCCAUUUUCACACAAACGACUGGGAUAUUGCCGACUAAAAAGGCCACCGAAUCGUUAACUCCAGAAACAACUGAACCGCUGAUGAUACAAAGAGUAACUGAUACAUACGCUUCACUGGAAACAAUAGGAGUCAUUGCAAAAGAUGAAACAACUGAAGAAGUCGCAAAACAGCAAAUGACAAAACCAUCUACUACACAUGAAAGUAGCACAGUAGUUACUUCAUUUCAAACCACUGUACCUUUGAUUGGACAAAAUACAUCUGAAUUAACCUCUUACCAUCAAACAUCCAAUUUAUUUCCGACACAGGAAAUAACUGAACAAUUCUCUACCCAAAAUACAACUGAAGCCAAAAUAACACCGGGAACUAUCGCCACUGAACUUGUGACGACGCAAACUGCGGAAAACGACAUACAAACAACUGGACUAUCCACAUUGCAAGAGGCCACUAAAUAUGGCACUACGCAGGAGUUGGCUAAAUUAGCAUCGACAACACAGAAAGAAACUACAGUAGAUUCUACACAAAAAUGGACAGGUUUUUCUACAAUACAAGAAACAACGGAACAAGUCACAGCACAGAAAAAGACCACCAUGCUUUUUUCAGCGAAAACGACGGAACUAAUAACUGUACAAGAAAAAACUGAACCGAUGUCUACGUAUGAAACGACCGAACCAUCGGUGACAAAGAAAAGUACAAAACCGUUCACUACGAACAAAAUUACCAUAGCUACUUCAAAACAAACAAAUGCACCAGUUACUACAAAAGAUGCAUCAGAACUAAUGUCUACCAAUGAAACGAAAAAACCUUCAUCUUCUAAAGAAAUACCUAGCUCAGUCGCUACCCAAACAACUGAUGAAAAAGAAACGACACCAAAAACUACUAUUUUUACUGAACGAGUAGUAACACAGUUGGCGGAAACUGGCUCAACUCGACAAACAACUGGGGUACUUGCGGUAUCGGACACACACGAGUAUAUCACAACACAGGAUACUACUGAAUUAGUGACAAUGCAAGAAACAUCUGAACCAAAUUCCGCUGCUGUCGAACCUGAGGCAAUGAGUAAUACGGAAACUACCAAAAUACAACAAACAACUGAGGCAUUGACGAUAACAGAGCCAACGGAAUCUGCCACUGAAUCCUACGCCACACAAAAUAUGACAGAACUAAUCACUCUUAAACCCAUUAUCACUGCAGGAGUUACUAUACAGCUUAUGGAAUCCGACAUUUCUCAAAAAACAACAGCGCGACUGACAACAGGGGCAGCCGUAUUAGUGACUUCGAAGGAUACAACUGAAUUAGAUACCACAGAGAGUAUAACUAAAACAGUUGCCAUGCCAGAAACGUCCAAAUUCGUUACAAAUCAAACAAUAGCUGUACAAGACGCAACACAAGAACAUACUAAACCAUUCAUUACACAAAAAUCUACAGCAGAGUUUACUACAGAGCAAGCGACUGUACUAGUUACAUCUCAAUCAACGUCUACACAUGAAACAACCAAGAUGUUUUUGACGCCAAAAGUAACUGAACAAUUCUUUACACAACAUACUACUGAUGCAAGAGUAACAAUGCAAACUAUCGCUACUGGGCGUAUGGCGACUGAGACUGUAGAAAAUGACAUAAAAACAACUGAACUAUUGACAACACCAAAAGCAAUUGAAUCUUCAGGCUUCUUCACAACGCAAGAAACUACUGAUCAUGUCGCUACACAAACAAGUUCGUCUGAACCAAUUUCUAACUAUGAAACGAAAGAACUUUCGUCGACACAUGGAAGUACGAAGCCAUUCACUACACAGACAAAAACUACAACAGAUACUUCAAGACAAACGAUGGUAACAGUUACUACGCAAGAUGCAUUAGAACAAACGUCUACCCAUGAAACGGUAAAACCUUCUUCCACGAGAGAAAUCGCUACCAAGUCCGAAGCGGAAACGACACAAAAAAAUACAGUCGCAACAAGAGAGAAGACCGAACCAUUCUCUACACUGAAAAAGUCCACGGUAGGUAUUACAGAUAAAACAUAUGUAAUAAUAAGUACACCAGAAACAUCCAAAAAAUCUAAACCAAUGCACACACAGGGAACGGCACAGCCAACAGCGACACAGAGCAUGACUGAACAAGGGACGAUACUUAUACCUACCGCAACUGCACAUGAUAAGACACAGACAUUUGAAACUGAUAUUUCUCGACAAGCUACUGAGCUAUUGACGACCAUAGACACAUCCGAAUCUGUUACUAUGGAGGAAACGACCGAACCAGUGACUCUGGAGAAAAUACCUGAGACCAUUGCUGUGGGCAAAACGACAAAAUCAGCUUCUACUCCAAACCCAACCGAAUCAACAACGUCACAAUUUACAUCUGAUCAAACUACUACACUGCUAAGUAGCUUUUUGCCUACAACAUUACCCGAACAAGAAACAACGAAUACAAUUUUGACACAUCGAGCAUCUACAAAAGCAUCUUCAACUACAUCUUCCGAUUUUGGUAUUACAACUUCGCAUACAUUGAAAAAUACAAGUGUAUCAACUCGAGCAAUUCCGUCAACAACUUUUACCAACAAGCCAUCUACUGAUACAACUACUACCCAACAAAGUAGCAUUUUGCCUACAACAUUAACUGAACAAGAAACAACGGAUACAAUUUCGAUACAUCGAGCAUCUACGACAGCGUCUUUAACUACAUCUUCCGAUUCUGAUAUUACAACUUCGCAUACAUUGAAUGAUACUAGUAUAUUAACUGAAAAAAUUCCGUCAACGACUCAUGACAUCGAGCUAUCCGCUGAUCAAACUACUACACAGCUAAGUAGCAUUUUGCCUACAGUAUUACCUGAACAAGAAACAAGGGAUACAAUUUCAACACAUCCAGCAUCUACGAGAGCUUCAUCAACAACAUCUUCUGAUUCGGGUAUUACAACUUCGUAUACAUUCACAGAUACUAAUGUAUCAACCGAAGCAAUUCCGUCAACAACUUUUAACAACAAGCCAUCUACUGACCGCACUACCACCCAACAAAGUAGUACUUUUCCUACAACAUUAACUGAACAAGAAACAACGGAUACAAUUUUAACACAUCGAGAAUCUACGACAGCGUCUUUAACCACAUCUUCCAAUUAUGGUAUUACAACUUCGUAUACAUUGAAAGAUACUACUGUAUUAACUGAGGCAAUUCCGUCAACAACUUUUAACAACAAGCGAUCUAUGUUUCAAACUACUACCCAACAAAGUAGCAUUUCGCCUUCAACAUUAACUGAACAAGAAACAACAGAUACAAUUUCGACACAUCGACCAUCCACGACAGCGUCUUCAACUACAUUUUCCGAUUCUGUUAUUACAACUUCGCAUACAUUGGAAGAUACUACUGUAUCAACUGAAGAAAUUCCGUCAACGACUUUUGACAACGAGACAUCCGCUGAUCAUACUAUUACACAGAUAAGUAGCAUUUUGCCUACAACAUUACCUGAACAGGAAACAACAGAUACAAUUUCGAUACAUCGAGCAUCUACGACAGCGUCUUCAACUACAUCUUCCGAUUAUGGUGUUACAACAUCGCAUACAUUGACAGAUACUACUGUAUCAACCGAAGCAAUUCCGUCAACAACCUUUAACAACAAGCCAUCUACUGAUCAAACUACCACCCAACAAAGUAGUAUUUUGCCUACAACAUUAACUGAACAAGAAACAACAGAUACAAUUUUGACACAUCGAGCCUCUACGACAGCGUCUUUAACUACAUCUUCCGAUUAUGGUAUUACAACUUCGCAUACAUUGACAGAUACUACUGUAUCAACUGAAGCAAUUCCGUCAACAACUUUUAACAACGAGCGAUCUAUGUUUCAAACUACUACCAAACAAAGUAGCAAUUCGCCUUCAACAUUAAUCGAACAAGAAACAACAGAUACAAUUUUGACACAUCGACCAUCUACGACAGCGUCUUCAACUACAUCUUCCGAUUUGGUUAUUACAACUUCGCAUUUACUGGAAGAUACUACUGUAUCAACUGAAGCAAUUUCACCAACGACUUUUGACAACGAGCCAUCCGCUGAUCAAACUACUACUCAGCUAAGUAGCAUUUUGCCUACUACAUUACCUGAACAGGAAACAGCAGAUACAAUUUCGACACAUCGAGCAUUUACGACAGCGUCUUCAACUACAUCUUCCGAUUCAGGUAUUACAACUUGGCAUACAUUGAAAAAUACUACUUUAUCAACUGAAGAAAUUCCAUCAACAACUUUUAACAACAAUCAAACUACUACCCAGCAAAGUAGCAUUUCGCCUUUAACAUUAACCGAACAAGAAACAACAAAUACAAUUUCGACACAUCAAGCAUCUACGACAGCGUCUUCAACUACAUCUUCCGAUUCUGUUAUUACAACUUCGCAUUCAUUGGAAGAUACUACUGUAUCAACUGAAGUAAUUUCGUCAACGACUUUUGACAACGAGCCAUCCGCUGAUCAAACUACUACACAGCUAAGUAGCAUUUUGCCUUCAACAUUACCCGAACAAGAAACAACAGAUACAAUUUCGACACAUCGAGCAUCUACGAAAGCGUCUUCAAUUACACUUUUCGAUUUUGGUAUCACUACUUCGCAUACAUUGAAAAACACUACUGUAUCAACUGAAGCUAUUUCGACAACAACUUUUAGCAACGAGCCAUCUACCAAUCAAACUACUAAACAGCAAAGUAGCAUUCUGCCUACAACAGUAACUGAACAAGAAGCAACAGAUACGAUUUCGAUACAUCGAGCAUCUACGACAGCGUCUUUAACUACAUCUUCCGAUUCUGAUAUUACAACUUCGCAUACAUUGAAUGAUACUAGUAUAUCAACUGAAGAAAUUCCGUCAACGACUCUUGACAACGAGCUAUCCGCUGAUCAAACUACUACACAGCUAAGUAGCAUUUUUCCUACAAUAUUACCUGAACAGGAAACAACAGAUACAAUUUCUACACAUCGAGCAUCUACGACAGCGUCUUCAACUACUUCUACCGAUUAUGGUGUUACAACGUCGCAUACAUUGACAGAUACUACUGUAUCAACCGAAGCAAUUCCGUCAACAACCUUUAACAACAAGCCAUCUACUGUUCAAACUACCACCCAACAACGUAGUAAUUUGCCUACAACAUUAACUGAACAAGAAACAACAGAUACAAUUUUGACACAUCGAGCAUCUACGACAGCGUCUUUAACUACAUCUUCCGAUUCUGGUAUUACAACUUCGCAUACAUUGAAAGAUACUACUGUAUCAACUGAAGCAAUUCCGUCAACAACUUUUAACAACGAGCGAUCUAUGGUUCAAACUACCACCCAACAAAGUAGCAAUUCGCCUUCAACAAUAAUUGAACAAGAAACAACAGAUACAAUUUCGACACAUCGACCAUCUACAACAGCGUCUUCAACUACAUCUUCCGAUUUUGUAAUUACAACUUCGCAUUUAUUGGAAGAUACUACUGUAUCAACUGAAGCAAUUCCACCAACGACUUUUGACAACGAGCCAUCCGCUGAUCAAACUACUACUCAGCUAAGUAGCAUUGUGCCUACUACAUUACCUGAACAGGAAACAGCAGAUACAAUUUCGACACAUCGAGCAUCUACGACAGCGUCUUCAACUACAUCUUCUGAUUCAGGUAUUACAACUUUGCAUGCAUUGAAAAAUACUACUUUAUCAACUGAAGAAAUUCCAUCAACAACUUUUAACAACGAUCAUACUACUACCCAACAAAGUAGCAUUUCGCCUUCAACAUUACCCGAACAAGAAACAACAAAUACAAUUUCGACACAUCAAGCAUCUACGACAGCGUCUUCAACUACAUCUUCCGAUUCUUUUAUUACAACUUUGCAUACAUUGGAAGAUACUACUGUAUCAACUGAAGUAAUUUCGUCAACGACUUUUGACAACGAGCCAUCCGCUGAUCAAACUACUACACAGCUAAGUAGCAUUUUGCCUUCAACAUUACCCGAACAAGAAACAACAGAUACAAUUUCGACACAUCAAGCAUCUACGACAGCGUCUUCAACUACAUCUUCCGAUUCUUUUAUUACAACUUUGCAUACAUUGGAAGAUACUACUGUAUCAACUGAAGUAAUUUCGUCAACGACUUUUGACAACGAGCCAUCCGCUGAUCAAACUACUACACAGCUAAGUAGCAUUUUGCCUUCAACAUUAACCGAACAAGAAACAACAGAUACAAUUUCGACACAUCGAGCAUCUACGAAAGCGUCUUCAACUACACUUUCCGAUUUUGGUAUCACUACUUCGCAUUCAUUGAAAAACACUACUGUAUCAACUGAAGCUAUUCCGUCAACAACUUUUAGCAACGAGCCAUCUACCGAUCAAACUACUAAACAGCAAAGUAGCAUUCUGCCUACAACAGUAACUGAACAAGAAACAACCGAUACAAUUUUGACACAUCGAGCAUCUACGACGGCGUCUUUAACUACAUCUUCCGAUUAUGGUGUUACAACGUCGUAUAUAUUGAAAGAUACUACUUUAUCAACUGAAGCUAUUCCGUCAUCGACUUUUGAUAACGAGCCAUCCCCUGAUCAAACUACUACACAGCUAAGUAGCAUUUUGCCUACAAGAUUAACUGAACAAGAAACAACAAAUACGAUUUCGAUACACCGAUCAUCUACGACAGCGUCUUUAACUACAUCCUCGGAUUCUGGUAUUACAACUUCGCAUACAUUGAUAGAUACUAAUGUAUCAACUGAAGCAAUUCCGUCAACAACUUUUAGCAAAGAGCCAUCUACCGAUCAACCUACUACACAGCAAAGCAGCGUUCUGUUUACAACAGUAACUGAACAAGAAACAACAGAUACGAUUUCGACCAAUCGAGCAGCUACGACAGCGUCUUUAACUACAUCUUCCAAUUCGGGUAUUACAACUUCGCAUACAUUGACAGAUACUACUGUAUCAACCGAAGAAAUUCCGUCAACAACCUUUACCAACAAGCCAUCUACUGAUCAAACUACCACCCAACAAAGUAGUAUUUUGCCUACAACAUUAACUGAACAAGAAACAACGGAUACAAUUUUGACACAUCGAGCAUCUACGACAGCGUCUUUAACUAUAUAUUCCGAUUCUGGUAUUACAACUUCGCAUACAUUGGAAGAUACUACUGUAUCAACUGAAGCAAUUCCGUCAACAACUUUUAACAACGAGCGAUCUAUGGUUCAAACUACUACCCAACAAAGUGGCAUUUUGCCUUCAAAAUUACCCGAACAAGAAACAACAGAUACAAUUUCGACACAUCGAGCAUCUACGAAACCGUCUUCAACAACACUUUCCGAUUUUGGUAUCACUACUUCGCAUACAUUGAAAAACACUACUGUAUCAACUGAAGCUAUUCCGUCAAUACCUUUUAGCAACGAGCCAUCUACCGAUCAAACUACUAAACAGCAAAGUAGCAUUCUGCCUACAACAGUAACUGAACAAGAAACAACCGAUACAAUUUUAACACAUCGAGCAUCUACGACGGCGUCUUUAACUACAUCUUCCGAUUCUGGUAUCACAACAUCGCAUACAUUGAAAAGCACUACUGUAUCAACUGAAGCAAUUCCGUCAACAAAUUUUAGCAACGAGCCAUCUACCGAUCAACCUACUACACAGCAAAGUAGCAGUCUGUCUACAACAGUGACUGAACAAGAAACAACAGAUACGAUUUCGACUCAUCGAGCAUCUACGACAGCGUCUUUAACUACAUCUUCCAAUUUUGGUAUUACAACUUUGCAUACAUUGAAAUAUACUACUGUAUUAACCGAAGUAGUUCCGUCAACAACUUCUAGCAACGAGCCAUCUAUCGAUCGAACUACAACCCAACAAAGUAGCAUUUUGCCUACAACAUUACCUGAACAAGAAACAACGUAUACAAUUUUGACACAUCGAGCAUGUACGACAGCGUCUCCAACUACAUCUUCAGAUUCUGGUUUUACAACUUCGCAUACAUUAAAAGAUACUACUGUAUCUACUGAAGCAAUUUCGUCAACAACUUUUAAUAACGAGCCAUCUACCGAUCAAACUACUACAGAGCAAAGUAGCAUUCUACCUACAACAGUGACUAAACAAGAAACAACAGAUACGAUUUCGACUCAUCGAGCAGCUACGACAGCGUCUUUAACUACAUCCUCGGAUUCUGGUAUUACAAAUUUGCAUACAUCGAAAAAUACUACCGUAUCAACUGAAGCAAUUCCGUCAACAACUUUUAGCAAAGAAGCAUCUAAUUAUCAAACUACUACAGGGCAAAGUAGCAUUCUGCCUAAUACAAUAACUGAACGAGAAACAACAGAUACAAUUUCGACACACCAAGCAUCUACGACAGCUUCUACAACCCUAUCUCCCGAUUUUGCUAUAACAACUUCGCAUACAUUGGAAAUUACUACUGUAUCAACUGGAGCAAUUCUGUCAUCAACUUUUGGCAAUGAGUCAUUCACAAGUGGCCCCAUUGAUGUAAAUCAGUGCUUGGCGAAUACAAACUACUGUUCCGGUGUUGCGAAUUCUUACUGUAGGUUUCGUGACGGUAUUGGAUCCGAUUGUCCCUGUAUACCUGGCUUUUCUAAAAAUGACGACGGGACUUGUGUUGGAGUCAAAGCAUUUGGUUGUGACAUGAGACUGGUGCAGGAUUUCAGCUCAGACUUGAAGGACCCAAGUACAGAUGCUUAUCAGGAACUUCAAAUACAAUCUACAGAGCUGCUGACAGAUAUAUAUCAAAACACAACAGGAUUUAUCGGCGUUAUAGUGGUAGGAUUUAGUGAAGGCAGCGUAAUCGUUGCCUAUACUGUGCAACUUGAUUCCACAUCCGCCGCAACAACACAGUCACUGCAAAACGAUUUCACUACCUAUGUGAACGCCUCAAGUAGUGGAUAUUGCUCACCGGAUAACAACAAUUGCACCGUGGGAGGCCUACAAGUAGACGUCAAUAGUUCAGUCAAUUCUAUUGGAACUAACAACGAUGCGUUGUGUCAAGAUCCGAAUGUUGUAGGAUAUUGUCAAAGGGAUUCCACUUAUUGCAACGCUUCAUCUGGUGUUGCUGAAUGCGACUGUUUACCAAAUUACGUACGAUUUCCAGGAGUGAACACAGUAUGCGCAGCUGUGAUAUGCUCUAGUAAUACGAACUGUAACGCACCAUUUGGAACUUGCAAUAUGAGCCCUCCCACCGAACCUCAAAUAGGAAGUUGUUAUUGCAUGACGGGAUUCAGUGGAAGCAAAUGCUCAGAUCCUUGGCUUUUCAUUUUUCUAAUUGUGAUGAGUUUUCUUGUACUCGUUACACUCAUUGUGGUUGGAAUUUAUUUCGUAAGAAAGAACAAGAUACAAAGGGAUAUGAAAUUGUGGGAUAACGAACCCCAGAUCGAAAGAACAUCAGAUGUUUGGAGAUCUCGCGUAGUGGUGGAGGAUAUGUACUUUGACCGUCCACAUCUUAGAGCUGUCAGUCCAACAAUUGAACAAAUUGAAAUGACUCAAUCUUCAAGUAGAGGUGGUGGAGUCGAAUAUGAAAUUCAAUUAGAAGGACAUGAUAUUACCGUUAUUGAAGAUGAUGAACUAUAGGAGACAUGAUGAGCACAUACUUGCUUGGUGUUCAAUGUGCACGAGAGAGUUGCACAAUAUAUUGAAGCAUUAAAUCAUUGGUUUUAUUAUUUCUUGGGCUUAAAACUAUUAGAAUAGCCAAUUUCCAAGAUUUUUUUCACUCUAAUAUUCGCUUUUACAGUGCUAUAUGUGAACAGAGUUUGUGAAUUGUGUUCCAUACGUAUUGACCAAAAUUCACGCUUUUGUCAUUCGAUUUCCCAUCAAUUAAAUUACCAAUUCCUAUUUCAGUUUUGUCUUUGUUAUUUUGUGCACAAAUAUCACUGUAUAAUAUACUUCACAUAUAUACCAUUAAAUUUGAGCUACUGUAUUUGCGAUGAAAAUUCACCAAAAAUGUUAUGUAUACGUGCUUUCAUAUCCUUUAUUUUUAUGCAAAUACGUCUUUAACAGGCAUAUGUUUCAGUAAACGUUUUGUUUAAAAACAUUACAUGACAGAAAUGCUAAUUGAUAAAAAUUGUCAACUUUAUUCCUUUAAUCUCUUCGUUCCAGGUUGUAUUUUUAGUCUUUACUUAUACAUGUACAUGUUAGAUCAUUAGUUUUCUGAUUGGUAACGCGUACUGCGUCUUUAACUACAAUACGAUAUUAUUGUUCACUGUUAGCGUGUCUUUGAACACGACUGGAUUUUCAUAUAAAAUAUAUAUUUAUAUUUACUUUUACUUAUAAAGCUGUAUCAGUGUUUUCUAUUGGAUGAAACAACUAUUUAUUAUAAAAUGACAUUUCAUCUUUGUAAAAUUUCGGUAUGACAUACCUUCCGGAUGGACAACGUUAAUUUACAGUUCACAUAUAUAAUGAAUAUGAACAGAGAUGGAGUAAUUCGUGCACUGAUUGACAACAUUUCGACUACGCAAUUAAGUCACAUUAUAAUAUGUGAUAACCUUUAUUCAUCCUACUAUUUUGUUUGCAAGUUUAAACUUUAUGGUUAUUGUAUAUUGUCUGCUCAACUUUCAAAUAUCAGUAUCAAAUAAAUUUUCUUGCUUGCGCA